AUGUCGGCCAACCCAAACACCCCGUCAAUCACGCCAGAGCCUGAGGACUUCGCCUCACUACGCACUUUCUGGGAGCAGCGUGCUGACGGCUUCUGUAUGCAUCUGCCCGAAGGUGUAAUCAUACACUUUUGCGAUACCAAAAAAGCCACGCACGCGGCGAACUCGACCGAUACCGGACCUAUCACCGUGCUCGCUCCCACCAUCAUGAUCUACCUCCAGGGUCCCGACGCAUCUAUCAACGGUGAUCGGCACGCGUUACGAGAUGCCAUCGUCGCCGCUGGUGCAGAGCUACGUCCGUAUCUAGAGUACUAUGGUUGCGUGCUAUAUAGCGGGCCUGGGGAGUUAUUGAUGACUGUGUGGCCGGAUAUAAGUUUUCUCGCGGAGGAUAAACAGGGUCAGAAGGAUGGAAAUGGAAAUAAUGAGGUAACAGAGGAGUAUGAAGGAAGUGAGGAGAGCUACAUUCCCUGGAGUGAAGUGGUCCUCCAUGUCGAACUAAUCGAGAAAUCCGACAAAGAGCCCUCGAUCUUCACCUGUCCUCGUCCCACCGAAGUGCGUGUGCCCGUAAUCCGCAUCCACCAGCACAACCCCCUCGGUAACGACCUCUGGCGCUCGCUUAUCGCCGCCGGCGAGGUACUCGGUUCGUGGCGCGAGUACUUCUGCUGCGAGGUUUACUACCGAGGGAAGCUAGUAGCCUCAGCUUGGCCUAGUGUGGCGUUCCAUGAAGAUCUCACCGUGGAGAAGGAAGUGAUGAAAGUAUUCAAUGUUCCGGGUGUCGAAGAGCUAGGAAGACGCCCGCGAGACUUCGACGAGUGGCAUAAAUUGCAUGAGUUCCUCGAAGAGUAGAGAGACAUUAGGACCUACCGUGAAAAUACCUAUCUAGGUACCUACCUAGCCUAGACAUUUUGAAGGGGUGAAGGAGAGAAACGAAACUAGAACGUACCUUAUUUGUG